AUGGCAUUUAUCUCGAGAAAGCUAAAGAAGAAAUCCUCCAAGGGAGGAUCUGAUGAUUGGGGUACGGGGAGACCUGGAGAUGGGUCCAAACACUCGCCUUCCAGUACCAUUUCUAGCAAUGCCGAAUUGGUCCCGACCGCGGCUUUUCAAAAGAGCAUUCGUGCGGGUUCUGACAGCGGGAGAUAUAACUCAGCUCCAAGAUUGUCCGAUCACGGAGAAGCUCCUUCGACUAUGAAGCUCCCAUCUCAACAACAGCAGUCGCUGCAGAAUACCCCCACUUCGGGCUAUUAUGGAUCGCCAACUCAAACAAACCCGAGUCCGUCAUCUUAUGGUUCCUCUCCUACUGUUGCCAUGCCUGGUUCGCUACCGGGUUCUUACAGUGCUGGGGGAUCAUACUCCCAACAGACUCUUAGACAAGAUGCCUAUUACCCGAACAGAAUGCAGGGCACGCCUCCUCAACAAUACUCCUAUCCGCAGGGUGCAAAUCAGCUCCAGCAUCCUCAGCAUUCUCAGCAGCGGCCAGUCUCAUCUCCUAUGAGAACGCCGUUAGCUUCUCCGUCCAACAACCACUUCCCUGCUCAGCAGAGUCAGUUGCAUACUGGCGAAGUCCAUAGACAUAGUCCAAAGCUGCAACAGUCACCAUACAGGCCUACCAAUUCAUAUCCUCAGCUGGCGUCACCGCCCGCUUUUGGAUCAUCGAAGCCGCAAGACCAGAUUGCGGGAGGUCCAUGGAAGAAGAAAAAGCUUAUCAACUCACCGUUCCCCAGAUUCAGCCACUCGGCUUCGUCUACUACCUCCGAGGAUGGAGCUAUCUACGUUAUGGGUGGUCUGAGAGACGACCAGGUUUACGGCGAUAUCUGGAUGAUCUCUCCCACUCAGAAGGAAAGCAUCAACUAUUCGUAUUUUGGCCAGCCGGUUGAGAACUUUGACAGAAUCCCUAUUCCACGCGUGUGGCAUGAUUCUGUGCUCGUUGGGAAUGCGUUCAUCGUUUUUGGAGGUGAUACCAUUCAAACUACCCCUUCUCAUGAGCUCGACAACAACCUCUAUUUCUUCAAUAUCAAUUCAUUGAAAUGGACGAUCCCCAAGCCAACAGGCCCCAGACCGCGUGGAAGAUACGGACACAGAAUCGCUGUGGUCAAUUUCCAGCUCUCUGAAGAGUCGGAUGCCUGGCUGAGCUACUUGUACCUAUUCGGAGGAGAGCUCGACAACAAGUACCUGAACCCCAAGCUGGAUCACGAGUACUUCAACGAUAUGUGGUGCUUUGAUCUGUCAAACUUCAGAAAGCCAACGACUCAAUGGAGACAGGUUAUUCCUAAGGAAGGCGCUUUGGUUCCUCCUCCUCUGUCUGGUCAUACCAUGACCGUGUACAACGAUCGAGUGUUCGUGUAUGGUGGUGUUUCUGAUGGUGUGGUAUCUAACAGAUUGUUCUGCUUCAACCCCGUGGAAGAGUCCUGGAGCGAGUGCGAGAUUCGCGGAGACUUUAUGCCGCCUCCAUUGCAAUCUCAUGCUGCCACUUUGUACAAGAACCUGCUGUUCAUAUAUGGAGGCAAGGGAGGGGACAAAACUGCUUCAACGCUUCUGUUCUGCAUUGAUCUCAAGACCCUUGCUGCUUUCAGGCUUGAAACAAACUUUUCAAACGGACCAGGUCCUCGGUACGGUCAUUCUAUGACCGUCGAUGUGCUGAACAGCAAGCUGAUAAUCAUGGGAGGAGAGCAGGCAGAUGACAACCUUGACCAUCUGGACAGCUCUAACGAUGCUGUGGUAAACUAUGAUGCUCACACAACGGCGAUCUACGAGUUCGAUUUGACUUUGCUCAAGGACUACAUCAACAAGUCGGACUUGGAUUCCUUGACCCUGCUUGAUUUCCCAAUUGAUAGCGAAGAGGACAACCAAUCAGCAGACUUCGACGAUGCUGCUAGUGAACUCAAGAAUAUUGAUUCUGUUGAGCCUUCGGAAACCGAUGAUUUUACCAGUGCAGUCUCGUCCACUCCAUUAACCCAACCUCAAGAAUUUGAGGAAAGAGACAUCUCCCCCGUAAAAGAUGCUUCUCCAGCUUCUCCAGCUUCGCAAGGACAGCCUCUUUCUUCUGCGAGGGAACUCGAAAUACCUUUUGAAGGCUCCAAGACAAUAAGUACUUCACCAGUGACCAUUUCCAAGAACCAGGCCAGUAUUACUACUGUUGGGACUGCGGCCGUUGCCGUUGUUGCUGGAGUCUCGCAUGCUUCGAGAUCUGGGACUUCUCCAACGUCUCGCGAUGUUUCGGGUGCUAACAGUAACAGAGCAGCCUCAGAAGAAAAGCUCAGCGCUUUGACACAGAUGGUAUCUAAUCUCAAACUUGAGAUGUCUAAUAGAGUGCAAGAGGCUGACCGGAGAAUAUCCGAGCUUGAGAAUACGAGAUCCGAGAACGAGGUCAAGAUUCAACAGCUCCGUAAUGAGAUUUCAGACAAGGAUGAGCAGUUGGCUCAGCUGGAUCAAAGUUCACGCUCUUUAAGUGCUGAACCAGAAAGUGUAUCUGCACUGAGAAGGUCCAAGGUUGAAUUGGGAACUCAAUUGGCAAGUUUACAGACAGAGAAUGCCUCUUUGAAGAAGCAGGUUGACGAAUUCAACCCACAGUUCCAGAAGCACGUCUCUGACCUGGGUUCUCUCAACAGCAUAGUAAAGUCACAAAGUGCCGUCAUCGAGAAGCUCCAGGCUUCUCUCAUUGGUGAGUCAGAUCUCAAAAAGGAGGUCAACGAAUGGAAAAUGAAAUAUGAUAAUCUAUUGAAUGACCACGAGAACAUCAAGUCAGUAUACCAACUGAAUCUGCCAGAUGAUGUUGAAGGAGAUGAAGCAGCUCCAAAGGAUGUUCACUCGAAGAUCAAUGAUAUAUCUGCUAAUGUGGAUAGUAUUCUAGCAUCUUGGUCCGACAGAGGAGUCUCAACCAGAGACAGUUCGGAAAACGAUAACGAGUCCUCUCUAGGUCAAUUGAAGGCACAUAUUUCAGAGCUUCUGGAAGCAAACCAGGAACAGGAGACCAAGUUAGUUGGACUGGAGAAGGAGAAAAAUGAUCUUGAGGCCAAGGUAGUAUCUUUAGAAGAGAAACAUACGGGCUUCAAGCAAACUCAAGAUGCCUCCGUAAAGGAGGCUGAAGAGAAUCACAAAAAGCUGAUGCAUACAUUGAACAACACUUCCAAGGCUCUGAAUUUGUCGCACUCUGAGGUCGAGAAGCUCAGGGACUUGAACAAAAAACUGGUCUCUGAGAAUGAGAAUCUCAAGCUUUUCAAGGCCAGUCACAGAUCAUCUUCAAGGAGUGCUACUCCAGUUAUUGGAGCCUUUCCUGAAAAUUCAACACCAGCUGGAAAUGAUGUUGAUGCCGCGGAAGAUGAGGACGAUGUUGUUAAUCAUUACGAUCUCAAAAUCAAGGAUAUGGAGGCCGACUUGUUCAUUGUGACUCAGGAGCGUGAUCAAUUGAAGGAGGAGGUCCAUGCCUUGAAGAAAAAGCUGUUCGGGAGAUGA